CAUGUCAUGUGACGUAAUUGCAUACGUAAUUUCCUCACUUUUUCCAUUUUAGGAGCGCAGAAUAUUUUUUUUCUGGUUCGUUUCUGGUUUCUCUCAAACUCAAAGAUGUGUCUUUGAAAUGAAAGGAUCCAUUGUAUUAACGGUCAUUGUCAGUGUGGUCUGUCCCAUGGCUCACAUGGCUCGUGUCUUUGUCUACGGCACGCUGAAGAAAGGCCAGCCCAACUACUUCAGGAUGGAGAAUACUUCCCACGGUCAGGCAGAGUUCCUCGCUCGGGCUCGAACCGUAGAGCCAUACCCGCUCGUGAUCGCCACCAAAUACAACAUCCCCUUCCUGCUCAACCGGCCCGGGACGGGUCAGCGCGUCUACGGAGAGAUCUACCGCGUGGACCAGAAGAUGCUGGACUUCCUGGACCGGUUUGAAGGCUGUCCAGAGAGAUACCAGCGCACCGAGAUCAAGCUGGAGGUGCAGGACGGGGACAGUGGAGGAGAAAACACACCGAAGCCUGGGAGCAUCGAGGAGGCGUUUGUGUACAGCAACCAUGAACCCGAGUGGCCCCUGAACCAAACAUACGAGAGUUAUGAUGCAUACGGUGAUCACGGACUGACAUAUGUGCUUCCUGAGGACCGAAGCCCUGAGCAAUGACUGCACUGUUAACAAUCAGCACGGUCCCAAACAAACCAAGUCACCUCCACUAAUCAUUUAGAUGUUUUACAAAAUACAUGCAUGCAUUUACAUAUACACCGAAUUGUUGGUACCCUUGGAAAAUAUGAUCAGAGGCGGCCUGUGUAAAUAAAUCUGCAUUAAUCCUUUCGAACUUUUAUUUAAAAACGAAA